ACGUACUCCACGCUUCAACUUUCAAGCAGAGCACAGCGGCGCCGUCUCCCGCACACACUCUCUCGUCGCAACGCCGCCGCCGCGUUCUCCGGCGAUGGAGGAAACCGCCGCCAUUCGUACAUCUGGCAUCCCCGUCUCUGUGUCCUCCACGGCCUCUGCGGAUGGCGACGCCUCUGCUGAUCCCACUGCCUCGGCCGCCGCCGCCGCCGCCACGGUCGGCGACGAUGAGCACGACUCGAAGGAGGUCGUCCUGCGCAGGUACUUCAUCCAGGAGUGGGAGAUCGUCUCCGACAUCCUCCGCCGCAUCGUCGACGCCGGUGGCGUCGCCGAACCCGCCGAUGUCCAGAGGAUCCGCUCCAUCAUGGAUAAAUAUCAAGAGGAGGGUCAACUCCUAGAGCCAUAUCUAGAGAGCAUCAUCUCUCCACUUAUGCUAUUAGUCCGUUCCAAAACAAUGGAACUAGGCGCUUGCACUGAUGAGCUCCUUGACAUUAUCAAGCCUCUGUGUAUUAUCAUAUACACUCUGGUCACAGUAUGCGGGUACAAAAGCGUCAUCAAGUUCUUCCCUCAUCAAGUUUCAGAUCUAGAGCCUGCAGUUGCUCUCCUUGAGGAGUGUCAUAAAAUGAGCUCAGCAACAGCUCUUAGGCAGGAGAGCACAGGAGAAAUGGAGACUAAGUGUGUCGUUCUAUUGUGGCUUUAUAUACUGGUCUUGAUCCCAUUUGAUAUCUCCAGUGUGGAUACAAGCAUUGCUACUGCUGAUCACGUGGAUGGGCCUGAAACUGUUCCACUUGUGACAAGGAUAUUAGACAUAUGUAAGGAUUAUCUCUGCAGUUCUGGUCCAAUGAGAAGGAUGUCAGGAUUGCUGCUCGCAAGGCUAUUGACUCGUCCAGACAUGCCAAAGGUUUUCAGCAGUUUUAUGGAAUGGGCACAAAGGAUCUUGUUAUCUGUCACAGAUGACUUUGUGGAUCAAUUUAGAUCGAUUGGUAUAGUGGAAGCAUUAGCAUCAAUAUUUAAGAUUGGUAACCGGAAAGUGCUAUGUGAUGCUGUUUCUGGAAUUUGGAAUGAUUGUUCAGUUGUGAUGAAGACUAACAUUGCAUCCAGAAGCUCUCUCCUUAGAAAGUUUCUGGUCAAACUGGCGCAACGAGUUGCACUCAUUAGCUUGCCUCCCCGUUCACCGUCAUGGCGCUAUCAGUCGAUAAGUAGUUCACUGGGUGCAAACCUUUCAACUUCUACUGAUGGAACUGGGACUUCAAGUGGUUCAACUAAACAAGUGAACAUUGACCAGACAGACACAUCUUCUUUAGAGGAAGAUAUGGAUGUUCCAGAAAUCGUGGAAGAGAUUAUUGACUUGCUGUUGACUGGUUUGAGGGAUUCCGAUACUAUUGUGAGAUGGUCUGCUGCCAAAGGAGUUGGUAGGAUAACUGCACGUUUAACACCUGCAUUGUCAGAGGAAGUUCUAUCAUCAAUCUUGCAGCUUUUUUCUCCUGGGGAGGGUGAUGGUUCCUGGCAUGGAGGCUGCUUGGCUUUGGCUGAACUUGCUCGUAGGGGACUGUUGCUGCCUUCUAGCUUUCCUGAUGUUAUUCCUGUUAUAAUAAAGGCUUUGCACUAUGAUGUACGAAGAGGUCCACAUAGCAUUGGUUCACAUGUAAGAGAUGCUGCAGCAUAUGUCUGUUGGGCAUUUGGUCGAGCCUAUACCAAUUUCGAUAUGAAGGCUGUAUUGCAACAACUUGCUCCCCAUCUUCUAACGGUUGCAUGUUAUGAUCGAGAGGUUAAUUGCAGAAGAGCUGCUUCUGCUGCCUUUCAAGAGAAUGUUGGAAGACAGGGAAAUUUUCCGCAUGGCAUUGAUAUUGUGAAUGCAGCAGACUACUUUGCACUGGCUUCCAGAUCAAACUCUUAUCUGAAUGUCGCUGUUUUUGUUGCUCAAUAUAAGGAGUAUCUUCAUCCGUUUGCAGAGGAGCUACUGUGCAACAAAAUAUCCCACUGGGAGAGAAGCUUGCGAGAGUUGGCUGCUCAGGCCCUUUCUAUGCUUGUACAGUAUGACAUGAACUACUUUGCUGGAUAUGCCCUUGAAAAGUUAGUUCCCUGCACUCUUUCAUCAGAUUUGUGCACUCGACAUGGGGCCACUUUAGCUGCUGGUGAGAUUGCUUUGAAGUUGUAUCAGCUCGGUUUUACUUUUACCACAGACAUGCAGAAAGCUCUGUCAGGAAUUGUUCCUGCAAUUGAAAAGGCACGCCUUUAUCGAGGUAAAGGAGGAGAGAUAAUGCGUUCUGCUGUUUCCCGAUUCAUUGCAUGCAUUUCUAUGUCUGGGAUAUCCUUGAAUGAGAAGACAAAGAGAAGUUUGUUAGAAACCCUUAAUGAGAAUUUGAGGCAUCCCAAUGCUCAAAUACAGUGUGCUGCUGUUGAUGCAUUGAAGCAUUUUAUUCCAACAUAUCUGGUUUCUUCCGGUGAAAAGACUGCUAAUGGCAUCAUCACGAAGUACUUGACCCUUCUAGAUGACCCAAAUGUUGCUGCAAGACGAGGUGCAGCACUUGCCCUUGGAACAUUACCAUAUGAGUUCUUGGUAUUAAAAUGGAUGCCUGUCAUAAGUAAGCUGUGCAGCUCAUGCACAAUUGAGGAUAAGCCUGAUGACCCUGAUGCUGAAGCACGUGUGAACUCUGUUAGGGGGCUAAUUUUGGUUUGCGAAACAUUAACUGCUUCUGUUGAACACAGCUCAAGUUUUGGCGAUUCCAUGUAUUCAUACAUUAAAGAUAAGGUCAUGCAAGCUUUAUUUAGAGCACUUGACGAUUAUGCUGUAGAUAACAGAGGUGAUGUGGGUUCCUGGGUACGUGAAGCUGCAAUGGAUGCACUAGAACGGUGCACAUUUAUUCUCUGCAAGAGAGAUAAUAUUGCAGUGAAAAUAACACCAGUUGCUGAGCAUGAGUCUAAAUCGAUUGACAUUGACACCAAUGCAGUUAACACCAGAUGCCAACUAUUUGAUUCUAGUAUUGCACAGGAUCUGGUUGCAGGCAUUGCAAAACAGGCUGUUGAGAAAAUAGAUAAGAUAAGAGAAAUUGCAGUCAAAACUCUGAAGAGGAUUCUUUACAAUGAGGAACUGUUUGUCCCAUCUAUACCAUACAGGGAGCUGCUGGAACAAAUUAUACCCAACAGUGCAGAUCUGGAGUGGGCAGUUCCUGCAGUAUCAUAUCCACGAUUUGUGAAGCUUCUUCAGGUCAGCUGUUACAGCAAGCCUGUGCUUUCUGGGCUUGUGAUUUCUACUGGAGGAUUGCAGGAAUCUUUGAGGAAAGCUUCAACAUCAGCUUUAGUAGAUUAUCUUCAAGAUUCAGACAUCAAUACAAAUGAUGAAGGAAAAAACAGAGAAUAUCUAUUGAGUUGUGAUCUUCUAUGGGUUCUUGAGCAUUACCAGAAGUGUGACCGUGUAGUUACUCCCACAUUGAAGACUGUUGAAACUCUCCUCAGUAAAAAGGUUUUCUUGCGUGAGGGGCAUUGUGAGUUCUAUAGUGGACUGAUAAAAUCGCUGGGCCCGGAGCUGAAGGGAUCAAAGGACUUUGCAAAGUUAAGCGCAGGUCUCUCAAUACUUGGGUACAUUUCUUCCCAGUCGGAUGGAAAUGGCAGCACGGCCUUCUCUCAACUCCUCACAUUCCUAGGCCACAGAUACCCCAAGAUCCGGAAAGCCGCAGCUGAUCAGGUGUACCUCGUACUGCUGCAAAAUGAUAGUUUGAUCGCCGCGGAAAAUAUGGAAAAAGCCCAGGAAGUCAUCGCGGAGACAUGCUGGGAAGGUGAUGUGGAGGAAGCUAGGCGCAAGAGGUCAGAACUGAAUGAGAUGGCCGGCUUCGGCGCCGCCACUUCACAGAAGCCUGGGAAUGAACAAACAAGGAGGAAAACCGAAGAGAGAAAUGCUGCUUCAACUGACGAGAACAAAUCUUACUCUUCUUUGGUUGAUUUCAGUGGAUACUAGGAAGCAGGAAGUUCCGCCUUUUCCCUCCCUGUGCGUUUUUGGUUGUUUUGCGAAAUGGUUGAGGCGACACUUGUACACUAGCAUUGCCCAAUGCCCCAAUUGCACAAUUUACACUAGUGUAGAAACUUUGCAGAAAAGAAUAGUUGUUUUGUUUGUAGCAUUUUCUGCCAUAGGAUUGUACCUUUUUAAGGAACAAGGUGUUGAGUGAUUGAAAUUGUUUUGUUCGA